AUGCCAUCUUAAAUUGAUGUCUUUUAAUUAACACACUCAUCAACAGAUGAUGAAAUAUAAUUAUGUGUUGAGUGGAUCAAAGUUUAAUUGAGAGCGAAAUAGACUGUUACCUUGCUAGUUAAGAAAUGUUAGAGACAAGAAUUAAUACCAUAAGUAACCGUAGAUAUUGUGACCAUGAUUUAAUAAAAAAUUAAACAAUUGAGUUAGGAUCCCUAAACUCGGUUGAGUGAAGUUUAAGAAUUACUAUAAAUCUAUAAUUAGAAAGGGGUCAAAAAUCAAUCUAUAUUGAUUUAGUUAUAUGUAGAAAAUUUUGAAUAAUCUUAGAUUGAGCUUGCAAAUGCCAAAUAACCGGAGGCUUAAGAUAAAGCACUUGAGUUACUAUGUAAAGUUGAUGAGAAAAUUAGAAAGCAAUUUAUGUCUUAAUUUUCGUAAUUUCUAAAAGAAAAAAUUAAAUAACUUAUAGAAAAUGGGUAACAAGAAGCAAACUAAUAAAAUUAUAAAGAAGCUUUGGCUUUAUAUUAGAAAGCCCAAGAAUUAAAUAAUUAUUACGAAGAAAAGGAUACAACCAUAUAGUUAAACGUAAAAAUAUCAUGAAUUCUAGAUUCAAUUAGGAAAUGCCUAUCAUUCUUUAAAAUAAUAUGACGACGCGUUAAAUGUGUGGGAAAAGUCUAUCAAAUAUAUUUAAAGUCAAUCAUAAUAAUCGUAAUUCCAAAAUGAAUUAAUUUAUAUGUAUAAUACUGUUGGAUAAAUUUAUUAUGAUAAAAAACAAAAUAAUAAAGCUACCUAAUAUUGGGAUUCAGCUAUAAGCAUUUUGGAAUAAUAAAACGAACAAGAAAAAUUGGAACAACAAUCAAAAUAGUUAUUAGGACACUUAUUAAAUAAUGUAGGGAUGAUAUACUAUUAAAAGGGGGAAGUAAAAAAAGCAAUAUAAAACUUUUAAAAAACAAUUGAAGUUUAUGAGAGUAUUUACGGAAAGGGACAUAUUAGUGUGGGCAAUAGAUUAAAUAAUUUAGGUGAGGCGUAUAGAAGUGAUAAAUAAUAUGAUAAGGCUUUGGAGAUGUUCAAUAAAGCCUUAAGUAUAAAAAAAGCUGAAUUACAAGUGCAGCCUUCAAAAAGUUUAGCAAGUACUAUAAAUAAUAUUGGAAUGACUUUACAAAAUAAGCAAUCCUAUGAAGAAGCCAUUGAUUAUUUCAAACAAGCUUUAUAAAUGUAUAAUGAACCAGGAGUGUUUAGUGAUCCAAAUGCUGGAGAUGCUGCUUUGCAAAAGAGUAAUACAAUGCAUAGUAUUGCAGAAUGUUAUCGAGCAUUGCAUAAUUUAGAUUUGUGUAUUUAGUAUUUUAGGGAAGCAUAUAAAUAUAAAGCAUAGGAGUUGAAAAUAUUUCAUAAAUCAACACAACACACAGCUAUUUAAUUGGCCUCAGCUUUAUUUUAAAAAAACUAAUUUGAGGAAUCUUUGAAGAUAUUUGAAGAAGUCUUGGAUGGUUAGAAACAAGUCUAUGGAUAAGAUUCUUAAAUAGUGGCUUAGACAAUUAACAAUAUCGGAACGGUUCUAUCAGAAUUAAAGUAAUAUUAAAAAGCUUUAGAGAAAGUUCAAGAAGCAAUACGAAUAUUCGAAAAGAAAUUAGAUAAAGCAGAUCCUUAUCUUCAAAAAGCAUACGAUAAUAUGAAAAAUAUAAAAUAAAAAUUACUGGAAUGA